GACGUCGACAGCAUCAGCAAGGACGGUUUCAGCAAGAGCGCGUUCAACAUGAAGCCUGCGGCGGAGAAGGGAACGCGGGAGAAGGACGGGCCCUUUGUGGAGAAGUAUGCGAAAGAAAUCAAACACUUUGGUUUGCUGCGGCGCUGGGACGACAGCCAGAAGUACCUCGCUGACAACCCGCACCUGGUGUGCCAAGAGACGGCCCACUGCCUCGUGGCCCUCUGCAUCGACUUUGAGAUCGACGAGAAACGCGGCGUGAUGGAGCAGGUGGCUCACCAGGCCAUCGUCAUGCAGUUCAUUCUGGAUCUGGCUCGGGCGCUUGAGGUCGACGCGAGAGGCUGCUUCAGACGAUUCUUCUCAAAGAUCAAGGCCGCCGAGGCGCCGUACCGGGACGCGUUUCACCGCGAGCUGGAGCUGCUGAAGGGGCGGAUCCUCGACUGCACGCGGAUCCGCAAGGAGGAGGCCGCGAAGGAGGCGCAGGAGGAAGAGAGGCGGGGGAGGCUCGGCCCGGGGGGGCUGGACCCCGUAGAGGUCUAGGAAUCCCUGCCAAAGGUCAAACACACACACACACACACACACGCGGUGCUCUGCACACACACAUACACGCUAGCAUUAGCCACGCAGCUACGUGUUAUCGGUUUGUUCAUAACCCGCUUUAAUAGAAGGUAUUGAGGUACACUUAAAGUUAAUUGUUCGUUUACAUGGAGUAAAAGUGUGUGAUGGAACCACUUCCUACUUUUUCCUUUAUUUGUCUUUGAAUCCUGUUUCAGAGUCAAUACGAUUUGAAGUCCUAGAUUUGUAGCCUUUGCAGUGAUUGUUGGGUCGUUCCGUUGGUAAAAAUAAGUCUGCUCAGCAGGUUUGACUCCGGUGAGCUCUG